GGAGCUCGUUCAUAGUUCUAGGUCGAUAUUUUUAGUCCUCUUUACUAAAAAAGGAAAAACGAAGAAAUACUUAUAACACAACUUGACUAAAGCGUAAAGCCCUAAAGUACGUAAACUAGAAGCUAGGUGGUUUCUCUGUAAGCUGUAAAUAAAAGUAGUCUGUUUCUGUUGCCCUGUUGCAAUUGAAAACAACCACUUAAUUAAAAGACGUUUUAACACCUCUUGUUAGGCACAUUCAUUCAUUCACUUAUAUCACAACUAGAGCCAUAGAUAUUUUUCCGUCCAGGCCGAAGCGAGAUCCCCUGAAAUCUGAAAUCUACUUGUGAUAAAGAGGUGGACUACUGCCGCAGCACCUGUGAGAAAGAAGAAGGUACUUGUAUCUGUAUUGUGAUUAGCCGUGCAUAGGUAAAGGUCUACUUGUUCGCGGAUGUAGAAAUCCCGUGUGUUUAGCGGUCCGAGAGGAUGGAAAGGUGAACGAGGGAGAAGGAGCUGCUAGGAGCAGGAGACACCACGGCGCGUGGGGAAUAUAGCCCGCAUGAGCUCUUUCUUCAGGACAAUGCCCCCCGGCGCGUGCAGGUUUCCCCGCAGAUUCUCGGAGAAAACAACCCCACGGAGCUCUUGGGCGGGCUCCAGCCUCCGGCUCACCGUACCGCGGGCGAUCUCUUCCCGGUACGCGAGCCGAUUCGGGCCCCUUUGCGGUCCUGACGUUAGACGGCCCAAACGCGGCUGGCGGCCGCGUUAGAGCCCGCUAACGUCUUCGCGACUCGGUGAAACAGUGUCACACGCCAAAACUGUGACCCGCCGAAACUCUGAGGCGGAAAACCCAGACAUGCCGAAACUCUGAGGCGCGAAACUCUGAGGCGCGAAGCCCUGACAUAGCGCAACUCUGAGGCGGGAAACCCUGACAGCCCGAAACUCUGAGGCGCGAAACUCUGAGGCGCUAGACCCUGACACUACGCAACUUUGAGGCGGGAAACCCUGAGACGGCAAAACUCUGAGGCGCAAAACUCUGAGGCGCUAAACCCUGACCUGGCGCAACUCUGAGGCGGGGAACUCUGAGGCGCAAAACCCUGACAUGCCGAAACUCUGAGGCGCGAAACCCUGACACUGCGCAACUCUGAGGCGGGAAGCCCCGACAUUUCGAAACUCUGACCUUCGAAACUCUGAGGCGCUAAACACUGACCUGGCGGAUGUCUAAGGCGGGAAACCUUGACAUCCCGAAACUCUGAAGCGCGAAAUUCUGAGGCGCUAAACCCUGACGUGGCGCAACUUUGAGGCGGAAAGCCCUGACAUGCCGAAACUCCGAGGCGCCCGCGAAACUCUGAGGCGCUAAGCCCUGACCUGGCGCGAUGAAGCGGGAAACCCUGACAUGCCGAAACUCUGAGGCGCUAAACCCUGACAUUGCGCCACUCUGAGGCGGGAGCCAAACCCUGAGAUGCCAAACCCUGAGAUGCCAAACCCUGAGAUGCCAAACCCUGAGAUGCCAAACCCUGAGAUGCCAAACCCUGAGAUGCCAAACCUUGAGAUGCGAAACCCUGAGAAGCCAAACCCUGAGAAGCCAAACCCUGAGAUGCCAAACCCUGACAUGCCAAACCCUGACAUGCCAAACCCUGAGAUGCCAAACCCCGAGAAACCCUGAGACGCCAAACCCUGAAAUGCCAAACCCUGAGAUGCCAAACCCUGAGACCGUUUCUGCCUGCAAAACCCUGAGAACUGGAUCCUGACUUUUGUGCCCAUUUUUGCAAACCCUGAGAUGCCAAACCCUGACCCGACCGCGAUUCAGCCCUUCCUGGGAACCCUGGGACUCCCUGGCUUUCCCCUUAAAACUCUGAGAGUCCUGGUCCGUUGAUUUGUGCCCCUUGUGGUUCACCUUGCUCGCCCUUAAAACCCUGAGGUCAGACCUCGACUUUUGUCGAUCAUUAAUAAAGAUAGAAUUGUGUCCAAUCUUCUACAGCAAGAGUGCCGAAAUUCGGGUGAUAUGAGCGUAUCUUUUUAAUGCUACAACUAGAAGCAACAGCCGGGAAUUAUCUGAAUAAUAACAAUACAAACACCAGUGCACUAAUAAAUUUUUACAUAUUUUUCUCGCAUAGAGGGUGAAGGCAUAAUAGCUAUGUCUUCGAACAACAAGAAUUAGAUCGAAUGAACAAAGAUCACGUAUUUGACUCAGAACAGGAUCAAAAAGUAUGCAUCACUGUAGUAACGAAAAAGCCUACUACGAAUAUAGAGCCUAGAUCGAAAGAGAAACAAAAGCUCAGUACCGCCACAGAUAGACAAACUUCCUUUUUUUUUCGUACGUUUUUUUGCUCAAAAUUGGCAUUUAUGUACCUACCUAGCUGCGCUGUUCGAAGUGGACUGUGACGCCGAACAGAUCUACAUUUUAGGUCUCGCGAUGUCGGUGCGCGUGGCACUCUGACUUGAUCGAGGCCAAUGAGGUUGGGCCUGAGCUUGAACUUGUCCCACUCUCUUCUUGUUCACCAUUGUCUACGUACUGUAGGAACAAUUAGCGGAGAUUUCGGACCUGUCUCUACUGUAGCGGUUUGUGAUGAG